UAUAAGUGACAAACAUGCACACGUGCCGAGAGGCCGUAAAAGAUGUGCAGUUACACAACGGGCUCGUUCUAGUGCAAAUAAAGCCCGUCCUCAAGAGCAGUCUACAUGUUGCUUUCAGCCAAGAAGGUCCAAUAAACGAUUGUUUAGUCAUCAACAAUGGCAAAUCACAACAUUAGACUGAUGAUUGGCAUCGUGCUGGCGUUGAUUUUCUUCAUCGUCACUAUGGUAUUCAGUGCUCUGGCAGCGCCGGGAAUAUAUCCAUUUUUGGAGUCCACAGGUAAUAUUUCAGAUGAGUUUGACACCCAGAUCACCCCUGCAGGAUGGACCUUCAGCAUCUGGUCGAUCAUUUAUGUCUUUCAGGCUUUGGUGGUGGUCUACGCCCUCUCCGGCAUCUUUAGGAAGAAUGCCUACGGUUACGUCUACUGCAGUCCUGCUAUUUUGCCACAAGGAUUUUUUCAGACUUGGUGCUUGAAUCUGGCCCUGAACACUGGGUGGUUGUUUCUGUGGGACAGAAGGUCGAUGAUUCCCGCCCUGAUUUUCCUCAUCCUGAUCGCCUUGACUAACUACAUGGUGAUAUUCUUCGCCUGCCACGGUCUCCACAGCUAUGGAGCCUGGCUCAAAAAAUACCACAAAGUCGACCUGUGGCUCCACCGUGUCUUGGUUCAGAAUGGCAUAGCCAUAUAUGCAACGUGGACAACCAUCGCAUCCCUAGUUAACUUGACCAUUGUGCUGACCAGAGAUGCGAACAUGUCCCAGACGAACGCCGCCACGCUCUCACUCUCAGUUUUGACCGUACUGCUGUUUGUGUGGUUCAUCCUUGAGAACUCCGUCCUCGAUAAAUAUGUAAGGUACAUUCUCACCAUUUACCCGUCGGCGAUCUGGGCACUGACGGGAGUAUUCACGAAAAACUACGACGCUGCGAAUCCGACUCGCAAUAACAUCUUCAUUGUUGCACUGUUGGCUUCAGCUUGUGCCUUGUUCGUCGCGCGGAUCGUUUUGGUCACCUGGAAGAACAUCAACAGGCCAUUUUACAAAGACGUCAGCCCAGAUGACAUGUCCCCGAUGGAGAUCGCAGAGAAGCAGAACAGGAUAUUUAAGUGAAAAUGUUGAGUGGAUGUCUUUUUGUUGAUAUAAACAUUUUUGUAUUCAGCUUCUGUGUGAGAUGUCUAUAUGCGUUGUAUAUAGUGUUAUUGAUAAAUUCAGCCUCAGAGCUUCUGGGAAAAAAAAAAAAAAAGUGGCACAGGAAUAACGCAGGAGUCGUGAUAAUGUGAACAAUUCCUCCCUAAAUGAUUGUUUAUUGUUUGUUUUCAUUUUGUGCAUUUUGACUUUGUAUGCUGUUUGAAAUAAAUACUGCUUUCCCUCA